CAUUAAGUAAAGUAGUACUUGCAGAGUUAUUUACCUUCAACUUUUUUAAGACCAAAACAGGGAAAACUAAAAAUGGACCAAUCCCAGAAUCUUAGCCACCAAGCUGGCCAAGCCACAGGGCAAGCUCAGGAGAAGGCAAGCAACUUGAUGGGCAGUGCAGGCAAUGCUGCUCAAUCUGCCAAGGAAUCCUGCCAAGAGGCUGGCCAGCAAAUGAAAGCAAAGGCACAAGGUGCUGCAGAUGCUGUCAAGAGCACUGUUGGGGCUAACAAAUAAAUCUAGGGGAGAGCUCUCUCAGUGGAUAUUUGCAGCUUUCUAUUUUUGAUUUUUGGACUGUAUGCAUUGAUUUGCUAUGUCUUUCCUUUAGCAUUUUUAUUUUUCGGAUGGAUGUAUUCAACUGGUUGUAUUAAUACCAGCUUCUUGAA